AUGACAACUCGUCGUGAUGAAACAACACGAAAAACUGUUUGGUAUUGGCAAUCUAAUUCAAAUCCUUUUUCUACAACUGAAGAAAAACAAUGGACAAGAUACAAUCAGAAUGAAGUUCAAUGUAUUGAAGAAGCUUAUACAAAUAAUGCUAAAAAAGUAGAAAUUAAUCAAAUUUAUUUUAUUGAUCUAAAAAAAAUGUUACAAAUCAGUAAAUAUGAUAAAAAUAAACAAAGACCAAUCAAGAGAGAGAUUGAAGACAUGGAACAACAAGUAACGUUUCCGUCUGUGAAACCAGAUCUCGGUGCACCUGGCGAAAAACUUAAAUUUGUCACCGAAUGGGUUACCGAAAAUAAUAUUGGAUCACAUUAUUUUAAUGAACAAAAUGCUGAAGAAACAGUUUUGCAAGCAGCAAAAGGGAUCGAAAUGGAAGGAAGAUUAGUAGGAAGAGAAGAAGAAGGUAUCAGAUUAUCGAAAAAAUUGCAAGACGUAAAAGAUUCUUCUUUACUAAAAAUAAGUAAAAUUUGCGUGCUUGUCUAUACCAUAGACAGUUUUCUCUAUAAAAUGGUGAAUAAAUGUUUAAGGGAAGAUGAUAUGAAUAAAAUGAAUACAUUAGGUCCAUAUUGUUUCUUAUUGAUCAAUGCUUUAUGGAUGUUGCGUCGUAAUGAAAACGUUACUCUGUACAGAGGACUUACCUUAGACGAAGAAUCAUUGAGCAAUUACAAAGCUAGUAUAGGGAAACAAUUCAGUUGGAAAACUUUUACGUCAACAACAAGAGAUCGAUCAAUAGCUGAACAUUUUGGUAAUACAAUGUUCAUUAUAUCAGUUGUUCAAAUGCCUUUUAAACCAGCAUAUUGGACUCCUAUAUCAGAAUAUUCCGAAUUCCAAUACGAAGAUGAGGUAUUUUUACCAGCUGCAGUUACUUAUAUAAUCAAUGAUAUCAAAUACGAUAAUGAAACAAAAAAACAUAUCAUCUAUGUCACCAUUUAA